ACGUCAGUCAGUCAGUCAACGAGAAUCGGGCAUGGAUCGCGAAGUCGUUCUCGUCGUUUUUUUUUUAAUUGUGCUUACCCAUUUUAAGUCUAAAAUUCUAAUGAUUAUAAAACGAUUGUGAUAUUUUCCUGAAAUUUCGAUUAACAAAUAGUAUUAAAUUAAUUUCUGAAUAAAUGACUGCUAUCUGUAUCAUGUGACUAUUAUAUCGUGACUUUGUUUUAUUAUCGAGAGCGUGGAUUUGCCGAAAGUAGAAACGAUCAUCUGUUUAUCGCGCGCGAGUGACGCAACAGACGCGUGUGAUCACCUUUUCUGCGCGAGAACAGGAAGAACAAACGGCAUUUGUUAGCGAGUGAUAAACGGCGUCUGAUGUGAAUCAAGAUGAACGGAAUGAAUGGCAAUGUGUUGAAGACAGACAACAAAUCCCCAUCGCCGGAUUGCGGAGAAGAACAAAAGUUGAUAUCACCAACCACACCGACGACGCCAAUGAUCGUGCGAAUAACGAAUCCGUAUUCUUCUCUGAAAUACAGGAGCCGAUACCGGCCUGGACCGACGCGGAAAUUACGCCGUCGUGCCGUCCUGAAGAAUGGCGAUUGCAACGUGCUGCAGUCGCGCAUCUCCCGACGAUCGCUGCGCUUUUUACAAGAUAUCUUCACUACCUUAGUAGAUACGCAAUGGCGUUGGACUCUGCUGUGCUUCAUCUUGAGUUUCCUUCUAUCCUGGCUAGGUUUCGCGGUGAUUUGGUGGCUAAUCGCUUUUACCCACGGUGACUUCGAAGAGCGCCAUUUGCCACCUUUUCAGGUGGAGAACAACUGGACACCGUGCGUCUACAAUAUCUUCAGUUUCACCAGUUGUUUCCUCUUCAGUAUCGAGACCCAGCACACCAUUGGAUACGGCAGCCGUUCUACUACUGAAGAGUGUCCUGAGGCUAUAUUCGUGAUGUGCAUACAAAGUAUCUCUGGCGUCAUGAUCCAAGCUUUUAUGGUAGGCAUCGUAUUCGCUAAGAUGACAAGACCAAAGCAGCGUACUCAAACUCUAUUAUUCUCCCGAAAUGCUGUAAUUUGUCAACGGGAUAGCGAACUUUGUCUUAUGUUUCGAGUGGGCGAUAUGCGAAAAAGUCACAUAAUCGGCGCGAAUGUUCGCGCUCAGAUGAUUCGUAGUAAAACGACGAAAGAAGGUGAAGUUUUAUCUCAACACCAGCAAGAACUAGUCGUAGGCACUGAUGGUGAAAACGGCGAUCUAUUCUUCAUCUGGCCAACCACCAUAAUCCAUCGGAUUAAUGAGUCCUCGCCCUUCUACAACAUGUCUGCUGAGGAUAUGUUAACAGAACGAUUCGAGAUCGUUUUGAUUUUAGAAGGUACUAUUGAAUCUACUGGACAAACCACCCAGGCCAGAUCAAGUUAUCUUCCACAAGAAAUUCUGUGGGGUCAUCGUUUUGACCCCAUGGUGAGUUAUUCGAAGGAACGACAAGGUUACGAAGUGGACUAUUCGCUAUUUAAUAGCACUACUCAAGUUGAUACUCCACUUUGUUCCGGUAGAGAACUCGCAGAAUUCUAUAAAGUGCAGGAUGACUUUCGUCACGGAACUGAUGUCCUUAUUGAUGAAGAUCGUUUCGGAGAACAAUAUUGCUGCAAUUGUCGCUUGAUCAAUCAGCAGCAUUCACUACCUCUCACACCUUUGGAUUGCUUGAACAGUUAUACUAACAAUAAGAUGGAAAACGAUUAUCCUUGGAGAUAUGGCUGUAAAUAUUCAAAUUGCGCUAUACACAAUUCUCAAAGAGAAGUCAUCGAUCAAGCUAAAGUAUUCGAUUUCAACCCUGAUGCCAUUCAGAUCAUAGAAGAUGUAGAACUUCAACAAUUGCCAGAACCAGUAAACAGAGAGAUCAUGAAGAACAGUCAUGAAAUUAUCUUUGAAGAAAAAGAAGAAAAUUUAGAGAAGAAUCUAAUUAAAUUAGGCGGAAAAAAUAAAAAUCAUAUCCAGGAAAUUGUUUCUGAGGAAGAGAAAGAAGUUUUAAUGCCAAGAGCUGUGAAAAAGAAUAUCAUUAAUAGAGAAAAAGAAAAAAUUUUGACGAACAGUCAAGAAAUUAUUUUUGAAGAAGAGGAAGAAGGCAUUCGGAUGCAAACAGGAUUAAUCAAAUUAAAUAAAAACGCAGAUAAGAUCUUGAAGAGAAACUUAUCUUUGAAGAAGAUAGAUUUUGAAGAGAAAAAGGAAGAAUUUUUAGAGAAAAAUAUUGGAAUGAAUAAAGAAAAAGUAGGUAGGCUGAAGAAUAAUCAAGAAAUUAACUUUAAAGAGAGAGGAGAUUUUUUAGAAACCACCCUAACUGGAUUGAAUGUAAAAAAUGCUAAUAUUCUGAAAAAUAGUCAAAAAACCGAAGAGACAGAAGAAGUCUUUGAAGAGAAAUUAGACGAAGGAAAGGUUGACAUCCUUAAAAAUAUUGAUGAAAUUUAUGAGAAAGAAGUGCUUGCUUGUACAAAAAUAAAAGAAAACCGCAAAAAUAACAGUCAUCAGAUUAAUUAUACUUUGUAUAAACCUCAAAGAAUACACAAUAAAAAAUAUCAGCUAAUCUCAUUGUUAGAUCGUGAUCAACAAAAACUUAAAACAAAUUAUUCUUUUUACGAGGAACAAAAAUCUCAAAAAGAGUUUGAUAGAAGUUUGAUUGAUGAUUCUUUCAUAAUAAAUGAUAGAAGAUCUAUUAGGGAACCUCGAGAAAAUACAAUCAACAACACGAAGAAUGUUACGAUGGAAGAAGAUCAAAAAGUUUUGAACAAAAUUAAGAAAUAUCCUAUAGUAUCGUUAGAUCAUUCAAAAGAUAGCCUAAUUUUUCGUCAGAGAUCGAAUUACAAUUUACAUAAACAAGAAAGUAAUAAUAUCAGUAUUGAAAACGAAAAGAUUAUGAGAUCAUCAUCGCAUCGUCCUGCUAAAAUAGCGAUACAACAUAAACUUGAUCCCAGUGAUAUUUGUUCGCCGAUUUCUCCAGCCUCCAAUUUCUCAUGCGAAUCAGGUUUUUGUGAAGGAAGUCUUGAUAAUAGUUGUAGAGAAUCUUGCUUGUUUACAAUAAACAUGAAGAAAAUUGAUAAAAUUAUGGAGAGAGAAAGUAGCAAUUCGUCACAAAGUAGUCUGAUGCAAAAAAGUGUAAUUAAUGAUGUAGAUAAUUUUAAAAAAUAUGCUAAAGAUCAGAAUGUUCAAAAAAUUACUUUAGAUAAUAAUAUUCAGGAUGUUGAUAAUAAGGAUGGAGCUUUUUCAUAUAGUGACACAUCUUAUAUAAAUCAUACUUUUAAUGAAAAUAAUUCAGUAAAAUGUGCUAACGCUUCAACCGUUAAAGAACAAAUUAUAUAUAUAGACUAUGAAGUGCAAGACGAUCAUGAAAUGAAAAAGAAAUGUAAAUGCUCAAAUACAUUAUUGAGAAAAUUGGUUAGCAAUACUGACCCAAAAGAAUCUUCUACAAUUGAAAAACAAUUUGCAAAAAGAACAUCAGAAUGUUGAUUUAAAAUGUUGACGAGGUUAAAAAGCAUUUUUUUAAAUUCCAAUACAUCUUAUAAAUAAUU